AUGCUGCGAGGUUACGUGCUGUUCCUGGACGAUGAUGUGGCGCUGCAUCCGGGGACCAUCGGGCGGCUGGCGGACGAGCUGGAGAAGGACCCAUCCGCCUUUAUGGCCACCGGCUACCCCUUCGAUUUGGUGGCCCCGGGGGCGGCGCUGCCCGCGUACGCGGUGCUGGUCUACCACCUCCCCCUGAGCAUCGGCUUCGCUGUCAGCCGGCGCGCCCCCAUCGUGUGGGGGGGCUGCAUGAUGCUGCGCGCGCGGGAGCUGCGGGGGGACCCGCGCGGACUGCUGCAGGCCUGGCGUGACGGCGGCUACAGCGACGACCUCUCUCUGGCCGCCCUGUGCACCCGCCUGGACCUGCCCGUCGUGCCGCACCGCGCGGCGCUGCUGCCGCAGCUGCUGGGCGGCGCGGUCUGCGGCAGCUGGAGGGGCUACUGGAACUACCUCAGGCGCCAGCUGUUUGUGCUGGACACGUACCAGGACGACGAAAACCGCCGGCUGCACUACGCCUUCCUGGCUUGCCAUAGCUGGGCCUCUUUCUCCAUCGCCUGCAGCCUGCCGGCCGCCCUGCUGCAGCUCGCCUGCCUCGCGGGCCCCUCAGCCGCCGCCUUACUUGCGGCCGCGUGCGACGAACUCGUGCGGCGCUCCCUGCCGCUCGCCGCGGCCGCCUGGGCGCGAACAGCUGCAGCGCUCGGGAUUGAUGGCGGCAGCGCAGUCAGCGGCUUGUGGGCGGCGCAGGAGGCCGCGGCGGCGCUCGUCGCGGCCGUGUGCCGCUGCCAGGGCCGGCCGCUGUGGCAGGCGGCCGCCCUGUGGCUCUUCGUCUGCUCUGUUGCGCUGGCGCAGUGCUCUCUGGCGUACAUGGCGGCCGAGUCGCUCACCCUGAUGCGCGCCCUCAGCGAAGAGGGGUCGGGCGGAGGCGGCGGCUCUAGGGACAAUAGCAAAACCAGCAGAGCAGAGAAGAGCAGGAAGCACAGCGACGGCGGCGGCGGCGGGGGCAGCGCUGCCAUCCUGCGGAAGGCUGGCCCGAUCAGCUGGCCGCGGCUGUGGGCGGGUCUGUGGGUGGAGAGCGCCGUGCUGCCGCUGUGCGUGCUGUGGACGCUGUGGCACGACGGGAUUGAGUGGUCUGGGAUUCGCUACCGCAAGCGGCAUGGGAAGGUGGUGGUGGUGGGCGACUAA